GUAUUAUCUAGGUUCGAUCAUCGUAUUUGUUAAUACGGCAUAUGCAUUAGGCUUUCAAACUUCAAAGUAAGAACAGAAUUAAUUUAUUCUGUGGUAAUAAUACGCAGCUAACUGUGAUCAUCACUUAAUCUACGAACAGCCCACGCCACCGUGAGGUAUCCGAAAUUAAGUGGCAAGUGGAAUCAAUUGCGUCACUCUACUACCGAAUCAACCUUGUGUCUAAACACCUUUAUCAGGGUAAGCUUUUCAAUCUUUGUUUUGUUUUGUUUUUUGUUUUUAUUAACGAACUACUUGUUAGUUGUCAGUGUGUGUUUAUAAUUGACGGAAUUUGCUGCGACUGGUUCAGUUUAUUUGCAAGGUAAAACGUCAUUGCGCUUGCGAUGAAGACAUACGUGACCUUUACUUUGAACUACCACAACCUGCAUGCGAAUUCCCCGUCAACAUUCGACACAUGCAGAGCGUACUGUUUGUUUUGAUGAACAACUGACACUAUCUGGUGAAAUGGUAUAGUAUAUUAAUAAUUAACCGAGAUGGAUAACAUGUAAUGUAGAAAAGGAGGUAAAUGGUUGAGAUGAAAAAAGUACAGAACAACCCUGUCGCGGAUUCUACCGCAGAGCCCAGUGAAUCGGUGAAAAAACUGUACAAGUGAGUCGUGUUACUUCUGAUUAUCAUUAGAUUAAAAUAUCAUACUGUACUUUAACCUGUAACAUUGCACAACCUAAUACCAAAGCCUUAUCUGGGGAAUGGUGGUCCGGGGAUCCCCCCCACCCCUUGACAUUUUCUCCAAAUUAUUGUUUAUUAUUUUCUAGAUAUUAAAUGCUAAUUAGGUUUGUUACAAAAAAAAUAUAUAAUUUAAUUUAACCUAAAAAUAAUUCUAAAAUCUAUAUAAGAUCAGUUUUGGGUUGAAGUCUUAAUCAUGGUAUAGAAAAAAAAAAUGUGAGUAGGUACUAGAUACCCACAAAACCACCGUGUUUGUGUUCAUUGUGUUUUUACUUCUAAUUCAAAUAGAUUUUAGCUAUUCAAUCAACCAUUGAUUUAUUUCCAUAAUUUUACAGUUUAAUUUGUAUUUUAUUUUAUUUUCCUAGAUUAAUAAUGGUUACUAUAUUUACAAUAACACUUAAAAAAUAAUAUAAUAAUAAUUGCUAGGUAUUAUUCAUCUUAAACUGAAAUAAAAUCAAUAUGAGACUAAACACCUCUACACAUAACUAUUUGCAUAAUACACUCACAAAUAAUAACAUGAUUUUGUUAAAAUAUAAUGUAAACAAAGGUACAAAAAAUAUUUACAGGAGUAUCACUGAAGUUUCUCAUUUUUUGGAUGAUCAACGUGGCAGAUCAUUAUCAUGCAAAGAUUUGUUUACCAUUUCUGUUGAUACACAAAGAAUAAAAUUAAAAAAUUACUGUGAAAGAAUGAUGCUUGCUGAUCCAUUAUGCUAUGGACGAAAGGCUGAAGACAUCAUGUGGCGUAAAACUUAUCACGAUGUUUAUUCUACUGCUAAAAUUUUACGCAAAGUAAACAAAUAGUAAAUUUACUAAUUUAUUACUCAAUUAAUUACUAUGACUAUGACUAUGAAAAAGCUUUUCAUUUAUAAUAAUUGUAGUUAAUACAUAUUUUAAUAUUGUAGAAACUGUCAUGAACAAUUUUCUGGUCUUUAGAUAUACAAAUUUGUGAAUGUAUAUUAUAGAAUAAUGCAACAAUAAAUCAUAUAAAAUCGAAAAUGAUUUUGAAAAGUUUGCUUAAACAUUUUUUAGUUAACAUAAAUAGAAUUCUUAACUACAUUAAUUUGUGUGGGUUGAAUAACAGAAAAUCUGAUGGAUGGUACUUUGAGGAGGUUAUUUUUUUGAUUUUCUCACCUGUUUUCAUAAUAAAUGGAAAAAAAAAAUGAAAAUAGGUAUAAUAUUAAACAAAUAUUAUUAAAGAAAAUAUAUAAUUUGUAAUGGUUAUAGAUUUGUAAUUUUUUUACUAUAAUCAUAUAUAUAUAUAUUAAUAAAGUUAUUAUUAUCAAAAUUAUUAAAUUGGUUAAUACUCGUAAAUAAAUAUAGUAAAAGAAUAUAUAAAUAAAAAAAUGUAUAUGUAAAAAUAAAUAAAUUAAUAAAUUUGUAAUCACGUUUUAAAUUUUGACUGUGAUACACCUGAUAAUAAAUUUUUAAUUCAAAACUGGUCAUGUAAUACACUUAUUAUAAUACUCCAGGCGACGCAUUUAUUAAUUUAUUUAUUUAUAUAUAUAUAUAUAUAUAUAUGUAUGUAUAUUUUUACUAUAAUCAUAUACAUUUUUAUCAAAGUAACACUAGUAAUCAAACUAUUCAUUAAAUUAUAAGAUUCUAGAUUACUUUUCACUGAAUUCUUUAUUUGGUACAAUAUUCUUGUGAAUUCUUAUAUUAUAAUAAUGUUUAUUAUUAUUGGUAAAAGAUAACCUUGGGCUUCCACACAGAGUUCCUCAGUGAGGCCCAUUAACCAUUUAGUAGUAUUAAAAUAAACAAAAAAUUGUUCGGUUUUCCACAUUAUUAUGAACAAUUCUACAAAAAUCAAAAAAUAACCUCCUAAUGCACUAACUAGACACAAUUUGUUUAAAAACAAAAAGUAUAAAAUAAAAAAGCAUAUAUGAUAAAACUAAGAAAUUCAGUGCUUUAUUCAUGAUAUAAAAUAACUUUUUCAUUUUUGAGAAAGGUAAUAAGUCUUGUAUAUUAUGAUAUGCAAUAUAGUUAUUUAAAAUACUGUUAUUGUUAAUUUAUAAAAAUAAACCAUUCUAUUUAAUUAAUUCAAAACAAAAUAUUAAUAAUUUAACUGUUUAUUAUUUUGUGUAAUGUAAAUGUUAUUAAAAAAAUUAUUUUAGAGUAAUGAUUGGAAUCAUAUGGAAUUAGCAUUGUUAGAAAAUCAUUUUCAAUCAGGCAUUGGCUGUUAUUAUCACUUACUAUUUAAAUUUCAAGCAGAAAUUAAAUUUAAUAAACUUGAACUGUUUGACUUUUAUCUGUUAACCACCGAGGAUACAGAUAAUAAUGUAAAAAAGGAUCAUAUAACAUUAUUAAAUAAAAAUGAUAUUGGUAUGUAGUAUUUUUGUCAUAUUUUAUUUAUGCACACGCCAAUCCUAAUUAUAAAUGCAUUAAACUAAACUCGUUUGGAUUUGUAUGUUUAAUUUCAGUUACUAAAGAAGAAGCUGGCAUGAACCAAAUAAUAUAUCGCUGUUUAAUAUGUUUGGGUGAUCUAUCACGUUAUAUGUAUGAGCUCAACAAAUUAGAUUUAUACUAUUCAACAGCUUGUCGUUAUUAUAAACAAGCAUUAAACUAUAAACCAGAUAAUGGACUUCCUCAUAAUCAAAUUGGACGAUUAGCGUUAUCAAAAAAUAAACAUUUGGAUGCUGUUUACCGUUAUGUUCGAUGGUAACCUAUAAAUAAUAAUAUAAUAACUAUGAUUCUAUUAAUUUAUUUUAAACAUUUUUAGUGUUUUUAGUUUGGAACCAUUUGAAGGAGGAGAAAAAAACUUAAUAUUAGCCCUGCAAGAAAAAUGUAAAUCUGUAUUUUUGGAAAAACUUUUUUUUAUUUUGGAUGUGUGGUUCACUGGAAAAGAAAAUAAUACACAAGAAUUAGAUAAAGUACAUUUAUAUUGAAUUAAUGUAGUAUAUUAAUCCAAUCAUUUAAAUAUUACAUUACAGAUAUAUUCUACAAUUAUUAGUAUGCUGCAUAAUUCUGAUGAUUCAAAGAAUAAAAAUAAUUCAGUUGACAAUAAAAUUGAAACCAAUAAAGAAGAUAAUAUUACAACAUCUCCAGUUACAGAGGAUAUAAAAGUGAUGCUGACUAAUGAAAAUUUGUUCAAAAUUGUUGUUACCAUAAUAGCUUGCUUAACUAAGCUACAUCAAGCUGGUAAUAUUACAAAUUACUAUAAAGUAAUACAUUUUUAUUGAGACUUACCAAAUCACUUAUUGUAGAUUCCAAAUAGGUCUUAUGAGCUACGUGGGUUUUUUAUAAUUUUAAUAUAUGUAUAGUAGAAAUAUUUACCAAAACCCAAUAUAAAUAACAAAAUUGAAUAUCGGCAUUUCAAAAAUUUGAAAACUUUAAUAAUUAUGAGUACACAAAUAUCAUAUUAUAUAACAUCAAAAAUAAAAUAAAUAAAUAUUAAAUGUAUGAAGAAAAAAAACUUGAAAGUAUAAAACUAAUUAGAGAAAAAACUAAUCAGUUGUGUAUAUUUACCACCAAUUUUGAUUUAAAAAUCAUCAACAUUUAUUGUCAUUUUUACAUAGAGAAUUAAUAUUAUAAAAUUAUUAGAUAUUAAGAUAUUGUAGAAAGAAAUAAGUGGAGAUUAUUGUUAUUUUUUAACUAUAAAAUGUCCUUUAGCAAAGACAGGUAUUUUUUUUUUUUAAAUAAUCUAAAUGUCACCGAAAAGGUUGACAAUAAAGUUAGGAAAUAAAGACAAUUUUUAGUACAGUAAGGAAUUUAUAUCAUUGCUGUUAUUAUUUCAAAAUAAUUGCUAGUAUUGUUAUUUUUUAUUUAAUUUUAUUUAUUUAUUUAACAUUAUAAAAUAAACAUAAUAUAGAUUAUUUCAAUUUUAAAAGUUAAAAUAUUAAUAUCUUCUUUAAGCAUCAACUUGUCGUGAAGACGUUGAGUUAUUAUAAAUAAGAUCAACAAUAAAUAUAUUAUAUACUAAAAAUGUUUAUUUCAUUUAAUGUUAUAAAGAAUAAUUAAAAAAAAAAAAGAGUUACAAAUAUUAAUGAUAGAUAAUGAAUAUUUAUAUUCAUAUUAUUCAAUAUUAUAUUUGCCAAAUUUGAGAUAUUGUCUUUUUUUUUGUUUUUUUUUUUUUUUUUUUUUUUUUUUUUAUCUAGAUGUAUAAAACAGUUACUUAAUUUUUAUUAGGCUUGGUGUGACCAUGUGGUAACAGUAUUCUGUCCUCGUAAGCAAAAAUGCCAUAAGUCCAAAAAAAUUAAAAAUUGACUUAUAUACAUCAACAAAAUUGUAAAAUUCAGACCUCUUAGGUUAACAUGCUAAUAUAAAAAGUUGGAUAAGUAUUUUAAAAUGUACCAUUCAUAUUUAUUUAUAUUCCAUUGCAUUUAUCUGGUAAUAUCACAUAUGAAAAUCCUAUCAUACUUUAAUAAUUAAAAUGUAAAACGUAUUAUAAAUUUUAGAAAAGCAAAUUAUAAAAACCCAUUUUUCUCAAAAUCGUUCUCUAGUGACUUACGGCGUUUUUACUUAUUAUAACAGUAUUGUAGUUGGGUUUGAAUAUCUACUAUUUUAAAACUAGGUUUUACAUUUCUAUAAUAUUUCAUAUUGUUGAUAAGAAUCCGCUGUUUAUUCUGGUGCAUAAAUAUUAAUAUUAUAUUAAUUUUUUGGCAAUAACUUUACUAUUAAAGUUUAGUUAGUACUUUGGUAGUGAAAAUUAUUUUGAUGAACAUGAAAAUUAAUUUUGAUUGUUUCGCUAGUUUUCAUAAAAAAUAAAUGAGUGCAUAAUAAAUUGCCUAACAGUUAUGUUUUAUAUGCAUAUCUUUUAUAACUACUACAAUAACAUUUAUUUGAAAAAUAAUUUAAUAUUUAUUCAAAAAUAAUAUUAAGUAGUAAAUGUUCUUGGUGUUACCAUAUGGUAACGAGGACUAAUUUAAAAAACUAGAUUAAAAAAAAUAUGUAUAGAUAAUUAAUGGAUUUAAUUUUUGAUGUUUGAUAUUCAGUUAUUAAUAUUUAAAAUAAUGUCGAAAUAAUUGUUUAUUACUUUAUUAGUUACCAAUUUCUCAUUUUGUAUUUAAAUAUUUUAAUUUAGGUAUAAUGAUAUUAAAUAAAUGAUGUUAAGUAUAAACAAUGUUUACGUAUUGUUUAAACAAUUAUGGGUUCUUCAUAUUUAACAAACAAAUUUAUAAUAUUUGCUAGGUCGAUUUUAUUUGGUAGUCUAAAAUAAAUAUAAAUAGUAGUGAUUAGUGAGUGAUGAUGUUGGUAAAAUCUGUCCUAAUGACUUAAAAAAAUGUAUUUUUAUUUAUAUUUUAAUGGUUCUCCUUGUAGAAGGAAGGGGUUCUAUCAAAAUGUUAAAAAGGUAAAAAAAUAUAAUACUUAUCAAUAAUAUUAAUAAUUAAUUAAAUACAAUUUUAGUACGUAAUAAUAAUAUUAAUAGGUAUAAUUAUUUGUCUUAAUUUUGGGCUUAGAAGUAGUAAAAAUGGCAAUGACAAGUGACCAAAAAUCAAUGUAAACAUCGUAUAAUAAUUAUAAUUAAAAUUAAAAAAUUAAAUCAUAAUAAAAAAAUGUAUAUUUUUCUACUCUAUUAUACUGUUUGCAUUGCCAACAUAGUGUAAUUGUUAAGUUGUUAAUUUUGUACAAAAGAACGGUGACUUUGAUAAGGACAUGAAACAUAAGAUUAAGUGUAUUUGGAUAAAAUGGAGAAAAGUGUCUGGUGUUUCAUGUGAUAAGAUUAUUAUAAUGAGACUUGAAGGGGUAAAUAUUACAAAAGUGUGGCAAGAAUAACUAUAUUGUAUGGUUCAGAGUGUAGAGUAACAGACAGAAACAUAGAAAGAUUGAAUGCAUCAAUGAUGAAAAUUCUUAGGUGUAUGAGUAAAGUGAUAAAAGAAAAUAGGAUAAGGAAUGAGUACAUAUGAGAUAGUUUAGGUGUGACUUUGAUAGUACAACAAAUUAGAGUAAAUAGACUAAAAUGGUUUGGGCAUGCCAUGAAGAGAAAGAAAUCAGAAGCAGUAAGAAUGGUAAUGAAAAUAAAUGUAAAAAGAAAAAGAGUUAGAGAUCGAAACAGAAGCGGUUUGAAGCAAUUUAAAAUGAUAUAAAGCCAAUGAGUGUAUGUGAGGUGAGCGUUGUUUCAGUUAAGUAGAAGUUUAGGAAGAGUGUGGCUGACCUCAAAUAGUUAGGGUGAAGAAAAAGAAGAUUUAUAAUUUAAUAAGUAAAUUUUUAUAUGACUUAUAAAAUAGACAAAAUAAUUUAUUAAACAAAAUGGAUUUAUUUGUAUAUCAACUGUAUUUUUCCAGAUACUAAGAAUAUCCCAAAAGCAGAAUUAUUUCUUUUAACAUUUAUGGAGUAUUUUAUUGGUCAAAGUGUAACUUACUGUGUAAACAAAUUGCCACAGUUGGUUAACCCAAACAUAGAUCAUGUAAAACUAACCCGUCAACGUCGCAGACGCGGUUUUAGAAAACAUUCUUCUCCAGAUUCUCAAGAAUGGAGUGAAGGAGGUUGGUAUUUAACAAUUUAAACACUAUCAAAACUUUUAAAAAAUAAUAUCUACAAUGCAAUUUAUUUAAAAAAUAUGUUAUUUUUAAAAUUACCAAAAAAUUGUUAGUAAUAAAUAUUAAAUAUAAUAUAUAAAAUUCACCUAAAAAAGAACACGUGAGCAGCUGAGCUCCAACUGAAAAUUUUUCCCCCAGUUGUCUUUUUUGCAUUACUUAAUUUGUGCAAUUUAUAGUUGUAUUGAAAAUCAAAUAUUUUCUUUACAAACAUGAUUUUAUUUCAGAAUAAAAAUGCCAGGGGGCAGGACUUUGGUGUUUAACAUUUUUACAAUUUAUUUAACAUCAAAAAAUUUAAAUAGUAAAAACAAAACUAUUAAAAUGUUUAAUAUUCGUAAACAAAUACAGUAAAUAAAUAAAUGAAUGAAUGCGUUGAAUUAUGAUAAGUGUAUUAUACGAAAUGUGUUUUGACUUAAAAAUUCAUCAUCGGGUAUAUUACAGUCAAAAUUUAAAAUAAGACUGAAUAUAAAAAAUUAAAUGAAGGAAUACAUGUAACAAAUUAUACAAAUUGGUCACUUUACAUAGAAAUAAUUUAUUAUUAAAAUUAUUUUUCUUUGUUUAAUUGUACAUAUGUAAUAGUUCAAAAACUGAAUUAAUGUAAAUGUUAUUUUGAGUAUUUAAUAUCUCUGAGUCUGUAUUAAUCUAAGAGAUUAUUUAAAAUGGGUUAUUAUUAGACAUAAAUAUGUUCAGAAACAUUAAUUAUUUGGUUAUUAUUUAUUAUCUAAAAUGUAUUGAUAUAAGAUAUUAUUUUUAAAAUCGGUUUGAACAUUUAAAAUAUUAAAAUUAUUUUUCUUUAUCUCAUUGUAUAUAUGUUAUGGUUCUAAAACUGAAUUAAUGUAAUUCUUAUUUUAGGUAUUUAAUAUCUCUAAUUCUGUAUUAACAUCAAAGCCUAUAUUAUGGUUAUUUUCUAAAAUAUGUUUAGUGAAUUUUGAAUUAGGGGUAGUCUUUUAAUUUUCUAAACAUGUUUUAGAAAAUAACCAUAAUAUAGGCCUUGUUAUAAAUACAGACUUGGAUAUAUUAAAUACCCAAAAUAACAUUUACAUAAAUUUAGUUUUAGAACCAUGACAUAUAUACAAUGAAAUAAAGAAAAAUAAUUUGAAUAAUAAAUUAUUUCUAUGUGAAACAACCAAUUUGUAGAAUUUUUUUCUUUGUAUUCCUUCAUUUAAUUUUUAUAUUCAGUCGUGUUUUAAAUUUUGACUGAUAUACCUGAUGAUGAAUUUUUACUUCGAAAAAUGUUGUAUAAUACACUUAUAAUAAUACUCCUGGCAAUGCAUUCAUUAAUUUAUUUACUUCUUAUUUUUAUACAUAUUUAUUUAUUAUAUUUAAAAAAUAUAAUGUUUAUACCUACUCCAUGUAAGCAAUACUUGUAGUGGGAGUAGGGAGCCUUACUUUACUUUAAAAAUAAAAAUAAUAUUAAUAGUACAUAUGUAAAUAACACAAUAAUAAUUAAUAUAAUAUAAUAUUAAAAAAUAACAUAAUUAUCUUUUUUGAUCUAUUAGAAAGAUUAAAUUCGAAAAUAUUUAGAAAUAUAUUUUAUCUUAUGAUUUUUUUUAAGCUUACAUAAUAAUAGUUCAUGGAAAAUUAAAUCAAAUGCCUUAGCAAUAUCUAAGAAAAUAUCUACACAUUUUUUACUGUUAUCAAAUGAAUGAUAAAUUAAGUUUGCACACCGCGCAAUUGUAUCCUUACUACCAGUAUGCUCACGAAAUCCAAAUUGCAUAUUGUUUACGGCACUUUUAUUUAUAAUAAAUUUAUUUAGUAAUGAAUUUUGCCAGUUUUUCGAUUACUUUUGAUAUUGCAGAAAUCAAAAAAAUUGGACUGUAGUUUGUUUCCUUGGAUCACCUAUUUUUAAAUUGGGGAAAUUAUUGUUUUUUAUAUAUAUUAAGGAAAAUACCAUUUUUAAACUUAUAUUAACUAAAUAUAAGUCACUGGUUUUAUUAUAACUCUGUUAUUUGUAAUAAUAAAUUGGAUGAAAUAUUAUCAAAUCCUUGAUGUACCUUUUCUUAAUAUUUUUAUUAAAUUUAUUCCUUCAUAUUCAGUUAAAUAUUUGUAUAAUUGCUAAAUAAUUAUAAAUUAUAUAUAUUAUAUUGACUGUAAUGGAUUUUGGAUUUUAAUGCAGUUCCCUUUUCCGACUCCCGCAACACCCCUGGGAGCUGCGACACUCAAUUGAAUACCUCUGCCCUAACUUCAUUUAGGAAGAAGAUCUAUAGGAAUAUCCAAAGCCUAAAAAACAUCCACAACAACUUGUAUUAAAAUUUAACCUAAGAUUAUUUUUGAUGCACCAGAAUUACUAUAAUUCCCUAGUUAACUCAGUAACUCUGAAAAAAUUUUUAAAAAAUUGAGUAACAUAUUUGUUUUUUUAUUUAUGGCCAAUUUCAAUUUUAAAAAUUAUAUUCCUUGUAUUCCUUGAUUUAUUGUUAUUGUAAACACAAUUUCUUUAAUUCAAAUUUGUAAUAUUUUAUUAAAAAUACUAUAAUGAUUAUAAAUAAUAAUUAGAUGAAGCUGAAAGUGUUAUUAUAAGUCCUGAUGAUGAAUCUGAUGAUGAUGGAAGUGAAGAAGAAAUGUUAAUAUUUGAUAUAAAAGGACCUAAUGAUAACAAAUCAAAAGAUGGUAUAUAAUUCAAAUACUUGUACAACUGUAUACCUAGGUACUAAGUUUAUUAAUAAUACAUUUUUUUCAGAAUCAGACGGGUCAAACGAUAGUGGUACAUCUUCUUUUGGUUCUGAAAAUAAAAGACCUAAAUCUCGUUUAUCAAACAUACCAUUUGUUGAAACCAUAAUGGUAAAACAUUUUGUUUGGUUUUGAAAUCCAAGAUUAAAAUUUAUUCUGUUUAUUAUUAUGUUUCAGAUAUAUAUUGAUUGGGUUAAACAGAAUAAAGAUUCAAUCAAUCCAGUAGAAUCAGUUGGAUUAUUUAACAAUGUUGUUAUAUUGUUAAAUUAUUUAUCACAAGCUAAUAUUGAAGAUAAACUUUUAGGAUUAUCCACAAACCGUGUAAUACUACCAGAAGAAAUACAUUUGCGUGGGAUGACGAUUUUUCCUGAAUCUAAAAAUGUUUGUAAAGAUUUGGAAGUAAAUACUUCUAUUAGAAAUGAGGUAAAAAUUAUUUUUUAAAUUAUCAUUUGAUAAUUAAAUACAAUUAUUGAUUUUAUAAAGUAAAUUACUGUAUUUAAAUAAUAAAUAAAUACAUAAUAUUUUGUCUGCGAGUUUAAAUUGGUUAUAUGUUUUUAUUUUAAGCUAAUAACAUGGGACUAGAUUAAGUUAUGCUAACGUUUAAUAUACUAUUGAUAGAUUUUUUUUGCAUAACUAUUAUUAAUUACCUAUUAAUGUAUUAUACUAUGCAGUAACUAAUAAUGUAGUAUACAUUAAAAAGUCAAUUAUUAUUAUGUAGUUUAAUGUAAAUGAAACACCGUAUUAAAAUCAAGAAUAAUUUUUUCAUUGUAAAAAUUCAUUCUAAAUUAAUAUCUUUUGAGAAUCCCUGUUAUAUUUAAUUUUUUUGGUAUAAUAUACUUAUUAGGAAUAAAUGUAUGAUUUGGCACAUAUCAAAAUCUAAUCCAAGUGUACAUAUCACUGUAAAUAGAAUGUAUAGCUUUUGACUUAACAAAAAUAUAAGAAAAAUAUAUUCCUAAUAUUACUCUGUGUUUGAAUAAUAAUUUUUAAUAUGAUAUAAUAAUCUGUAUGAAAACAUUUUAUACUUUUUUUCUACCUACUUAAAAUUUUUGUUAAACCGACUUGCAUUAUAUUUAUUCUAUUAUUAUAAUUAUUAUUAGUUUUUACAUUUAAAGGUUAUUUUUUUUAUUAUUUUAUAGGAUAUGGUUCGUCUAGCAUACAUAUUGCACACUGCCCAAGAAAUUGCCUCUAAUAGCUCAUUGUUCACUUAUGAUAAAAUCAAAAAAUGGUUUUCAAUUAGUAAUACUUCAAAACAAGUAAGUUCCAAAAUAAUAAAUAGUCAUCCGAUUAUAUAGGUUACUAAUUAAAUUAUUUGUUAAUCCCAAGCUGCCAUACAGUUGAAAUAAUAUGUAAAUGUAAGAUAUAAAUAAUACUAGUUUUUUUUUAAUUGUUUGUCAAAAUUAUAUACAGUUAUAAAAAUAUUAUGAAGAAAAAAAUAACUCAAGCAUUUAUGAGAAUUAUUCGAAAAAAUUUGCUCAUUGACUUUCGAUACACAAGGUGUCGUUUGUACACAACACCUAAACUUUUCGGUUAGUUAACAGCAUAAUAGUGUAGAAUAUUAUUAAUUAUUAUAAUUUAACCGUGAAACCAUAAAUUCAUAGGUCUCAUCGUCACAAUCCACAUUAACAUCUUCAUAAAGUCUACUAAAAACCAUAAUUAUAAUUUUGUAAAUUUGUAUAUCACAGUGCAUGACUUUUUGACACAGAAAUGGUUAUUUAUGUAAUUGGUCUAGUUAAUUUGAACUACUUUUAAAAAUUGUUUAUGCAACCUUAAUUUCUAGAUUUGGGUUACAAAAACAAUUUGUUAAAAAAAAAAAAACUGAUUUUACAAAGUAAAAACACAGACAUUAAAUUAAUCAACAUCACUAUAUAGUGGUAAUAAAAGUGUGUGUGAAAAGUUAAAUUAACCAUGUACACACGGCUGGAAAGCGUAUCCACUGUUCCAAGCAUAUCUGCGAUUCAGAGGAGGGCAGAAGGAGAGGAAACGUGUCCACCUUUCUUCGGACUUUUUCGGAUCUAUACAGUUUAUGAAAAAGAGUAGCAAAGGGAUUUUGUUCAGGGAUUUUUUUUUUCUGUUCGCUUCCCUUCCUACCCUCUGAGAAAUACCGACAUUAACUGCGACAAACGAAAGCUCGAGAUUGGAAUAGCAAAGUCUGUCUUUUGUAAAUAUUCAUGAGACUGUGUAUAGAAGAUGAAAAAAAAAAUUAUACAUAUAUAUAUAUAUAUAUGUAUAUGUAUAUAAAAAAAAAAACAAGAAAACAAACCUGCCCCCUUUUCACAGGGUAUAUUGAGUAAAAAUCCACCCCUAACCGUUAUGCAGCGACACAAUAAAGCAGUUCGAAGAUGUUGAAAGCGGAUCUCGCCAAUAACGAUUCCGACGGCGUAUAUAGUCGCGGGUUUAUAUUCUAAAUCCCCUAUAUACUUACUUUCUCUCCUUUCUUCUCUCCUCUCUCGUGCUCCCGCGUUCGGUUUCCCUUAUCCCUCCUUUCGUUCUUUCUUUCCCUUUUUCUCUACACGAUCUUUGUGCCACGCGGCUACAAAGUGAUCCGGAAGAGACGUGUCACCCUCGCGGCGGCCAGAGGAGCCGUCAAAGUUUUUAUGACCGUCGACCCGCACGCCCCCUCCCCCCACCACUUCCCCUAUAUACACGGUUGGCUUGUCGUGAGGACACACGACUGCGUAUAAGUAAUAGCCGCCGUCGUACGAAGCCCUCAUUUCUACUACUCCUUGCCCCCCCUCCCCUAUCACAAAUAUUUCUGCUCCUUACGCGCGUUUUACGGGUUUAUUUAUCGCGUCCUUCUAAAACUCUUAUUAACAUUGUCUCGCGCACCAAACGGCCCGGCCCGCCGCGGCCGGGUUGUUAAAUCUUUUCAUUAUUUGAACUUCUCUCUCUCUCUCUCUCUCUCUCUCUGUUUCAGCCUUUCGCGUGCCGUUCUUUUUGUGCGAUCGGAAUUAAUUGCGCGGAGACGCGUUCAAAACCCAAACUUACAUUUUGAUCGCUGAUCGUACAUACUCGGUCAGUCGAUUAACCGCGUUAUAAUUAUUAUUAUUAUUAUAUUUUUUUAACCAAAUCACGCUAAUAAAUCGUUAAAACGUUAACAAUCUAUCGCGCGCAUUUGAGAGCGACCGCAUUUUCGACCUUUGUGCCGCUGUAAAUCUAUUUAUCAUUUAAGGAAAUAAACGGCGAUUUCAAUUUCGCAGAGCGUCUGAACCCCCUCUCAGCCUCCCCAAGACAAAAUCUAAUAAUUGAAUAUUAUGUACGAAUUAAAAAAAUCAAUCUGUCUCAGCAUAACGGGUGCAGCCACUGUUGUAGGUAAUUUAAUGUAUAUAUAUCUUUAAGCAACGAUUAACCAUUGCCAACGAAAAAAACGAUUCUGAGCGGAGUUCGGUUGACGGUGUUGCUUUUUCAACAUUAUACAUGCCAUAUUAAUUAAUAUGUAUUUUCUUUAAUAAUGUUUUUUAAAUAUUUUCCCGGUUUUCCUAUGUCUUUCCCAUUUAUUGGGGAAACUCGUGGUGAAUUCGAAAAAUUACCUACCCAAAGCACCACCCCAGUCUGAUUUCCUUUCCGAAAAAGUGCUACACUUGUAAAUCGGAGCAAGACUUCUGAUAGUAAAAUUGUUCACAGGUCAUAUUGUACGACAUUAUUUGUAAAACCGAUACAUAUUACUCGCUCCGUUCAGAAUCUGCGUAAAAGUAAAUACCCGCGGAUUUCGAUAAAAUAAUAUUCUCAAGCGACUAUUGUUAUUGUACGCUGCGUGUGUAUCACGUGUCAGGUACGUCGAACGCGAAUAAAUCCUUGUUAGAAAAAAACUAACGAUAAUAAAUCGGAAAAACGUACGCCACCGCGUUUUUAUGUAACGUGUCAACGCGUUUACGACGAAAACGUCCGGUAAACGGAACGCGAAACAUGAUAAUAGCACCGUGUGUUGUGUUGCGUUUGUUUAUUCGUCGCCUGUUGUACGUUUCGACGGAAUUUACCCCCGGCCGGACCCCGCGGGGCGCGUAAAAGAAUCGCGAGAAUUCCGCGCGUCUCCGUUUAGCGUGUGCCGGUAUAAUGGUUCCGGGAUGGGCGGCGGCGGGACGAUGCGUAUUACCGCAGCGAGCGCGCAAAAGCGUUCCCAUCCCCGUCCGUCCGUCCGACCGUUUUGCGGGCGUGUAACCGCCGCCGCGGCGGACGGACGGGUCGCGGGCGGUAGGAGAAAUUUAUAACCGUAAAGCUUUGAGGUUAGGGGUCGCGAGGGAGCGCGCAGCCCUUACGCCGAGCGUUUAACCGUAUUCCAUUAUCGUCGCACGGUCUGCCGGUUUUAUGACUGUAUUCGAGGGACGAUAAAAGAUUCCAGACGUAUUAAAUACGGUCGACAAAACGGAAACCGGCGGUGGCGGGAGGACGUGUACACGAACUCGAAUCGCAGACUACGGUUUUAUCGUCUUCACUCCCCGCGCGCGCGCCCCUGCGGUUUUCGGCGCGCGCGGGCCGCGGGGAAUCGUAAUUUCAGAACGUCGUUUUAACCGUUGAAAGCAAAUAAACCGAACGUCGUCAUAAGACCUUUUGCGUUUUAUCACGUAUACGUAUAAUACUGCCGUCCCUCGUAUACCUAUUAGAUUCCGGACGACGACGCGUACUGUGGGCGGGGGGGGGGGGAAUGUCCUCGUUUCGGAACGGACAACGCGUGUAUUUGUAUUUGUUUUCGACGGUACGGGCCGAGCCCAAUUUGUUGCGCACGGCCGGAUUAAGCCCGACCAUAGCCCCCUGUAGACACGUAUCUGUUAAUAUUUCCAUAUCGUUUUCCGCUGUUAAGCCGUCUAAACGAUACGCCUAUACAUCCGCGACCGAUACUUCAGCUGUAAAAUUAUUUUAUAACUUGUAAGUGAUACAAAAUUUAAAAUUCAAAACUAUUAUAUCGUGUUACUUAAUCCAUUUCAACAUGCGUGAUUUCGGUAUGCUAUUUAUAAUAAUAAAAUAGCCCCGCGGUUACUCGGAAUCCAACAGGAUAUUAUGAUUAAAAAAUUACGCCUAUGCAGACGUGUGUAGCCGCUAAUGUUGAACGUUAGACGGCGACGUCGACUUUUCGUCCAACAAAACCGAUUUCGUGCUGUCGUUUUUUUUUAUGUCGGACGCCCGAACCUUAAGAGGACGGUUAUACCCGCAACCGCUGUCUCGGUCCAACCAACAUUCAUAGGCAGUGCUUACGCAAAACAAGUAAAACCGGUUUAAUUUUGAUUUUAGAGUAAAAGUACCUAUUAUGAAAUUUAUAGAGAACAGAAUUUUGGAGGGAACGUCAUAGGGUUUUUGUAUUAUUCAAUAUAUACAGCUCGAUAUGAAAGAUACAAAAACCUUUAUUUAUUUCUUUUUUUUUUUUUUUUUUUUUCGAAUAACUACAUUUUUUAAUAGUUCAUAAUUCAAAAAAACGCCGAUGACAUUCCCUCCAAAAUACUGUUCUCUAUACAUUUCAUAACAGAUACAUUUACUCUAGAAUCAGAAUUAAGCAGCUAGUUUUACUUAUUCUGCGUAAGUAUUGUUUUUGUAUGUUACCCGGUAGUUGGACCCAGACAAUAGAUGCGGGUAUAACGUCAUCUUAAAGACCAAGAACUACGUCUGUGUUUGCGCGCAAUGAAUGGCGUAGCUGGCGGACAUAAUAUCUCUUCGAGAUACUAACACGGUUUUAAAUUUUUUUUUUUUUUUUUUCGUCCAAACGUUUAUAUUACUUGAUCCGGCCUGCCCGGAAAAUAUGUCCAGCUGUUCUUUCUGUUUGCACGCCGGUUUUUUUCCCCGGUAUUUUAAUCCCGGGUAAAAAUUAAAAUAUAGAAAAAACCGACGUUUAAAAACGCAGACGAUGUUCUUGCCUUUAAGUUUGACGAUGAUUCGCUAUAAUUUUAAAACUAACUUCGUAAAACCGGUUCCACUGAACGUAAAGAGGACAUAAUCCAGUUUCGACAUUGGCCUUAACAAAUAUUCAAACAAUACUUUUGCCGGAUCGGGAUUGUUUUUUUUUUUCUUAUCAAUCGUUUUUAAAAGUCUCCACCUACUGCAGAAUUAGACGAACCGCGUCUCUCGUGAUAAACGGCGGAAAUUAACAUUUUUAAAUUCGAAUUUAACAAUUGCAUACGAGUUUUUUUAUUGGAGGGGGGGGGGUAAAUUAACUUUUCUGUGAAAUAUAUAAUGAUUUAGUAUAAUGUUCUAUAGCCUAAUGUGAAUUGUAUUAUUAUUAUUAUUUUUUUAUUUUUUCAUAGACCGAUGAAAAAUCGCUUAAGGAUGAAAAACGAGACAAGCAACACGUUAUGGGUCAAUUGUGGCUCCGUUCGGAAGUGGACAAUUUGGAGUAUAAAAUGAAAUACUCUUCGAAGAAACAGAAAUUGCCCACUUGCAUUGUAGUUGACACGGACGCGAUGAUUAAUUAUUCUUUGCUGGUCAAGAAACUCGUCAGCAGCGCCAAGUUCAUUGUAGUGGUUCCUGCGAUCGGUACAUUUUACAAUAAUCGAUUGAUAUUAUAAUUGUUAGCCGAAUCAAACAGAUGGUUAAAGUAUUUCGACGGGUUUUGUUCUUUCAGUUAUAUCUGCCCUGGACGAACAAAAGAAACUGAGCAAGGAGGUCAGACUGACCAUACGUUGGUUAGAGUUUCAGUUACAAAGAGGAAAUUGUAAUUUAAAAUCCCAAGGCAUUCAAGAAUCGAGGCCUAUCAAAAUGGAUUAUAUACCGAAAUUCAACAAAGAAAUUUUGUAAGUAUCAUUUUCAUAUUGAUAAAAAAAAAAUAGUCUAAUUAAAUUCGUAAAUUACGUUUUUUGUUUAUGUUUUUUGCGCAUUUAGUCAUUUCAAACACAUAUUGGAAUGUUGUAACUAUUUUUCCGACGAAUACGGUGAAAAUUCCGGACUCGUAACGCUCAUAACGGGCUCGGAUAAUCUAUUGGAUUCCGCGGACCUUAUGCAAAUGGCUAAAUCAAUUAGUGAGUAAUAUUUCUAUUCUUUUUUUUCAUGAAAAAAUGAACACGUUCAAUUUUCGUUACAUUUGAUAACAAUAUGUAUUAUUUAUAUUAUUAUUAUAAAUGUAUUAAAUUAUAUUUGUUUUUUUUUUUUUUUUUUCAGAGAUUAAUGUUGAACACAUUAAGACUUUCCAGUUGCAAUUCAAAAUGACAAUGGCAAACGGAUGAUUUGUGGAUCUCGCGGUUUAUAAUAUUGAUCGUUUAUUGUAUUAUUCACUCGACGGCUGCCCGGUAUUAUAUAUCAAAGACGAGAAAUCAAUAACAUCGUCAUACACAUGUGCCGCGUGUGCCGUUUCGAAUACGACGUGGUACCACCAGAUUGUCGGCGAAAACUAAAUCUAUCGUUGUCAUCUGCCCUACACCCCCCCUCCCCAUCUUUUUUUUUUAAUUCUACGUCUAUUAUGAUUAUAUUAAAAAAUCGAGAUUAAAUCCAAUAAAAAAAAAAAAUCCCCUCGAGAGUAUUAAGUAUUAUUAUAUUGAUACUCUUUAAACGUUUAUCGACCGCUACUCUUAAAAAAACAAAAAUUUAAGGGUCUCCGACGAGGAAUAUAAAAAAAUAACAUUACGCGAUCGUUGUUAUACGACGACGACCGUUUUUGCGAAUGACGACAAUAAUAACAAGAAUCCAGUCUAUCGUGUGUUGUGACGCGCGAAAUUCGCGUCUUUUAACUUUUUUUUUUUUUUUUUU